GGACCAACUGACCAAUGUCAAUCAAUGUCACGUGGUUGCAUAGAUGUGUCAUUGAGACCUUAGUGCCUUAGUGCCUUAUAAACUUCCCCCCUCCACCCCUGAUAUCGGAGGGCCCAAAAAAAGACCACAAGGUGGGAUGACUUGUAGAUAUUCCUGCUGAAACCGACAUGGUCGCUUCGAAACCUGAUAUUCCUCCCCCUUCUUGUCGACCUGGUUGCAAUUGAACUUUAUACUACCCCAAACCCUUGACAAUCAUGGCCAGUCUGGAUGUGGCCGUCAAAGGCCCUCCCGCCGUCCUCUAUCCUCCACUGCUGGUCGCCCGCUACCUCGAACGAUCGAACCUUCUCCCCGUCGCAGCGACGAAUGUCCAGCAAGAUUCGAGCCUCUCCGAUAAAUCGGCAAUCAGUCUAAAGCUGGACAAUGGUGAGACCUUUGCGGAUGAAAAGAUCGUCUCGUACUGCCGUGACCUUGUCAAUCAGCAACAGCAAAUUGCCGGCGUUGACGAAUGGGUCGAGAGAAGCAAGAACUUCGCCAAUGCGAAAUCCAAGGAAUUCCGUCCUGCACUCGCCGAACUCGAUAAGCACCUGACUCUUCGCUCGUACAUGGUCGGAUACAGCCUCACCCUCGCCGAUGUUGCCGUGUGGGCGACAAUACGCGGGAAUCAUGUGGCCUCAUCCAUGUUGAAGCAAGCGAACAACAAUAUCACCCGCUGGUUCAAAUACAUCGAAGCGGCAUAUCCAUGGAUCCCCGAGACCAUCCAAGAGCUUAGCGACACGGCUGCGAAAGAGAAGGAGGGCGCAAGCUUUGACAUCCAAGUCCGGACCAAGGGCCCUCUGGUGACUCGCUUCCCCCCAGAGCCGUCUGGAUUCCUGCACAUCGGGCACGCCAAAGCCAUCGUCCUCAACGAAUACUUCGCCCACCGGGAGCCCGGCGGCAAGCUGAUCUGCCGCUUCGACGACACCAACCCCUCCAAGGAAUCCAUGGAGUUCCACGACGCAAUUCUCCACGACCUGGAGCUCUUGGGGAUCCGCCCGGACACGACCUCGUACUCAAGCGACUACUUCCAGCAGAUGUACGAAUUGGCCAUCAAGAUAAUCAAGGAUGGGAACGCGUUCGCCGACGAUGCGGAGUUGGGGAAGGGAGACGAGGACCGAAAGAAUCGGUUGCCAUCCAAACGCCGUGACCUCGGCAUUGAGGAAACCCUUCGCUGGUUCGAGGAGAUGAAAUCCGGCUCGGACGAGGGACGCCGGUGGUGUCUCCGCGCAAGGAUUGCCUACGACAGCCCGAACGGCACGAUGCGCGAUCCGGUCAUCUACCGCUGCAAUGCGACGCCGCAUCACCGCACCGGCUCGCAGUGGAACAUAUAUCCCACCUACGACUUCUGCGCCCCGAUCCUCGACUCCCUCGAAGGCGUCACGCUGGCGCUGCGCACGAACGAGUACCGCGACCGCAAUGUGCAGUACGCGUGGUUCCAGAACGCACUCGGCCUGCGCCCUGUCGAGAUCUGGGACUUCUCGCGCAUGAACUUCGUGCGCACCGUGCUCUCCAAGCGGAAACUCACCCGCAUCGUAGCUGACGGGAAGGUCUGGGGCUGGGACGAUCCGCGGAUGCCCACGGUGCGCGGCAUGCUGCGGCGGGGGAUGACGGUCGAGGCGCUGCGGGAGUUCAUGCUGGUGCAGGGGCCGAGUCGGAACAUUCUGAAUUUGGAAUGGGGCGCGCUGUGGGCGUUGAACAAGAAGUACACGGAUCCCAUCGCCGCGCGCUUCACGGCCGUUGCCCAGGACAAUGCGGUUCACUGUCGUGUCAUUGGAGCGGAUGCACCCAAGGAGGAAACGGUGGCGGAGAAACCGAAGCAUGCGAAGAACAUGGAGGUCGGAAUGAAGAAGGUCUGGUACAAAGACACCAUUGUCCUCGAACAGGCCGAUGCGCAGAGCGUGGAGAUCAACGAAGAAGUCACGCUGAUGAACUGGGGCAACGCCAUCGUCCGCGAAAAGAAGACGGGGGAGAACGGCACGGUGUCCGACAUCACCUUCGAACUGCAUCUUGAGGGCGACUUCAAGAAGACCAAGAAGAAGCUCACCUGGCUGGCCGCCAUCGAGAAGAACUUGGUCCCUGUCACCCUGUACGAGUUCGACCUGCUCAUCACCAAAGACAAGCUCGAGAAGGACGACGAGCUCGAGCAGGUCUUGACCCCGGUCACCGAGUUCAAGACCAUCGCAUAUGCGGACUGCAAUGUGGCCGAGCUGCCCAAGGGCUCCAUUAUCCAAUUCGAUCGCAAGGGUUUCUUCAAGCUGGACGAUGUUUCCCCGCCUCCUCCGGGCUCGACCGGCCCGGUGUUCUACAACAUCCCCACGGGACGAGCGUAAAUCUCCAUGGCCGUUGCGUCGCCCACGGCAGAAUUGAGCCGGGACUGCACGCGCACAUGGGAUACGACGCGAUAUGAUCACGAAAGGCGGAAGAUCAGCCUGGUUCGCCGGUUUGAAUCUGCUGGGGAUUGACGAUCUGGCACUGGAAUUUCUUGAACCCAAAAAGGCCGCUGGGUAGUGACGACGAUUACAAUACAAGUUCGGAAGAGGACUUCUAUUCCUUAGGAUGCCGGAGAGAUCUCAAAGGGCGUGUGAAAUCGAAGCUACUUGACACAUCAAAAGUACUCAAGAUAUCUCGUGUGCAUGUUCAUUGUGAUGCUGCAUUAUGCCUCUACUGCCAAGAAGAUACGAGCUGUUUCGUUCGGCGGAGCAGUGUAACCGGUCGCCCUCAGU